CCGUUCUACCUAAUGGUGGGUCUUGCGUGUAUAUGUAAGUGUGUGUGUUAGUGUAUUAGCGUGUACCUAUAGUCGAUAUGGUUGCGCCUCCCAUACCACUGAGGUUACGCUUUGAUAAUGGUGUGACCCCCAACACUGCUUACAGCUUAUACACGGUUACACUACUCUGACCUCUGUUGGACCGGACAGAAUUAUAAUCCGCGGCGUAAUUUAGCCGACAAAAAUCGAGUUACCCGACUAGCUGCUCUUUACACAUUUUACGUCCACCGAAAAUUCUUUCUACUCAAUAGUAUAUCAGCUGCUAAACUGGGUCUUGUGUACCACACGAGGACAUUUUAUCACCACUAACUGCAUCUCAUUGUUAUAACAAAAUGCAGAUCUUUGUCAAAACUUUGACUGGUAAAACUAUUACCUUGGAGGUCGAAGCCUCUGAUACUAUUGAAAAUGUCAAGGCCAAAAUCCAAGAUAAGGAAGGAAUUCCUCCGGAUCAGCAAAGAUUGAUCUUUGCUGGAAAACAAUUAGAAGAUGGUCGUACUCUCCAAGAUUACAACAUCCAAAAAGAAUCUACCCUUCAUUUGGUUCUUCGUCUGAGAGGCGGUGUCAUAGAACCAACCCUUCGACUGCUAGCACAGAAAUACAAUUGUGAAAAAAUGAUUUGCAGAAAAUGCUAUGCAAGGCUCCACCCUCGCGCAACCAAUUGUCGCAAAAAGAAGUGUGGACAUACAUCUAACUUGCGCCCUAAGAAGAAGUUGAAGUAAAUGAUUACCAAAUGUUCACUUAUAAUUUUAAUCAUUGUCUGUGCAAAGAUGUAUAAACAAACUUAAAUAAGAUGUAAUAAAAAUACUAUAUAAACAAUUUUUGAUUUUUACAUGUGUAAAUAAUUUUAAUAAUUUAUUAUUGAUGAGACAUUUUCAAAUUCUAUUUCUUUGUAAAAACCAAAAUCUAAUGAAAUUUCUGGAAUUAAUUUAUCUCUCGACAAUUGUAAAAACAAAAAAAUUUCAGUGCAACAUUUUACCUGUUUUUUAUUUGUUAAUAACAUUGGCCAAAAUAAUAAUAAAAAUUAAAUUUUGACUCAAAUUAUUUAAUUGCUUUACUUUACUUGAAUUAGCGUUGUACUAUAAUUUAGCUCAAUAAAAUUCAUUCAUUGAGUUGCUCUCAGCAAAUGGUGUAACAAU